GACAUCUUCAUGCUUUGUUUUCGAGAACUAAAGCUGUGCAGCCGUAAACAAAAAGUGACGACUGUAAAGAAAAAAAGAAAAUAAAUCAAGGAAACAAACAUGCAUGUGUGGAAUUACAAUAUUACAGUCUUUUCUGGUAUUUAACAAAAGAUCUAUAUAUAUAUUUAUAUAUUUACUCUAAUGAUAUUUACUCGUUUGGGUAAGGGAGGUGACUUGGGUAGCUACCGGGAGUAAAUAUAAACCCCAGACUCUUACAUCAGAGUAUGUUGUGCUUCUUCUAAUCGGCAUGCUAGAAGGAGAAGGGUGAAAACUAACACCAGAAGGUGGGCUAAGUAAAGGCAGUGGGAAAUGCGCGCUAGUAAAAAGAUGGAUGUGGGUGUGUCGGUAGACUAUGACAGCUUGACCCUGUCGCUCGCGCUGACAUGGAAAGAGCAAAUGCGCCCGGAGCGCGCGCGCACAGGAACAUGGCAGGUUUCGGUUCAUCUCACACGAUCAAAUGAUUGACUGCAGAGGCAGUCUUUCUCUUCUCCAAAAGUCUCGUGUGCGGGAUUAAAGUGGUUGAGAGAGAUGUGGAAUGCGCUCGGAAGCGGCUCAGGGUUUUACAGUGCAGCCGGAGGCGGUAGCUACAUGUGUAAGGCGCACGGCUGGGAAUUUGUGCCAUGCUCCAUGCUGGAGAGGGAAGCGAACAGGAAACGCAGCCGGAGUCCACCACGUGGAGUGACCUCUACUGCUUCUGUAGAACAGUUUACCGAGCAGUCCGGCUUUGGAGAUCUGCAGAGCCAACACUUGCGACUCAGAAAGCGAUUUGAGGAACUCAGGAAGCGACACGGUCAGGACAAAGACGCCUGGAUGAAGGAGAAGGAAAUACUUUUGAGAGAAGUGGCAGACGUGCAAGGCGGAGAGAACAGACGGAUAUUGCUGGAUCUGAAGACGUUGUUGGAGGAAGUGCAGUCUGAAGUGAAAAAGGAAGAGAGUAAACGCAACGAACUUCAGUUGCAGUACACCAAGGACCAGGGCGCAUGGGAGCUGGAAAGGGCAGAGCUGAAAUGCAGAAUUGCACAGUUGGAGGCCAAAAGAACAGUGAGUAGUGAGACUGGGGACACAGUAAGGAGGGAAAGAGAGGAAGAGUGGAGGCUUUUGGCAGACACCCAUACUGCAGCAAUGGACCUGCGCUGCCGGCUGGAGCACAGCGAGAGGGACUGGGUGAGGGAGAAAUCCGAGCUUUUGGAGCGAUUUGACUUGGAGAGGAAGGAGUGGGAGAGUCAGCUCAGGGACAUGCAGCACAAGAUUGAGGAGCUGUACAAAGAAGUGAAGGCUCAUCGACAGGAAGGUGCUUUUGGACCAAACAGCGGUGCACAAACCACUGCCAUAAGGUUUAGUACACAUUCUGGCAGCACUCUAUCCACUCUGACUGGCUCCUCAGAGGUCCACAGCAGCAGUUACUCUGAGCCUCUUAACCAGCGCAGGCAUAACAGCACUGACUCCAGUCAUAAUGGCAAUGAACCCAAUGGCCAGCACUACAUCGUUCAAAGCGAGCGAUCAAAGCAGAGCGGCUCCAGGAAGUAUGAGAAUGUUGAACUCGAGGCCAUUAACACCACAGACAUAGAAGAUAUGCUUCAUAGGUGUCUUGUGAACAAGCCUUCUUCUGAUGAAGGAACGGAGCGAGGGUUUCAGAAUAACUUCAACUGUGCAAAUGAUAAAAAGAAGAGCACAAUGGCUCUUAAUGCUGCUCUUAAAGAAAUAGCCAGGGUUAGUGAGGAGCUUUGCAGCUACCAGGAUGAAAUCAGGAAGAAGUCUGCUGUCAAAAGAAGCCAGACUGAGUCAAUGUUCUUUGCAGGAGAUGUUGAGAUGUUGGAACCAGAUGACACAGACUUGAAUGAGUGGUGCAAAGAUCUUCAUUCCCUGGACAAGCAGAAAGAGAUUAACUGGGACGACAUUAAAAAUAAUUCAACCAAGGCUGAAAGUGACACUGAACUACCUGUGAAGAGAAGAGAUGUCCCUCCUAUUCCAUUUAGAAGCACAUCUUGGUACAUUAAGAGUCCCUCGGCUACAGACACACCGUCUAGUGCCCCAGAGCCACCGAUGCGCAAAACAUGUCGAAGUCCUUGUAUUCACAGGAAAUGCAACAGCCCCUCUAUCGUGCGAAGAUUUGAGGCAAUGCUACAAGAAAAUGAGGGAAAGAUUCUGACAGACUCUGGGAUUGUGCCUGGCCCAAUGCCUCAAGAUUCCAAGUGCAAUAUCAUCUGCUGCCAGAGCCGGUGGUCCUGUGAUGGAAGCAGGUUUGGCAGCAGCAAGUCAUCCACAUAUGUGCCUAUCCAAAAAUGUCUUUCAGAAGUUAACAUAAUAUCUGCUGAGGCUGAGUGCAGCCAGAACCAGAUAGAUGCAGACAGUAAACAAAACUUGAAGGAAGGACUUCAUCUCAUGCACUCAACACUCAAAGGUGUGGCUGCUGACUUCCUGACGCCUACAGACAUAACCUCUCCUUCCAUCAACACCACUGUCCCACAGAGAAAUGAAAUGCUAGAACGGAAAACAGCUGAGUUUAACCGCAUCCUUUUUCAGGCAGGCAUGGGUUUUCAGUGUGAUCUGGACAAUAUCUCCAAAGAUGUGCACUAUACAUGUGACAGUACCACUAAGGACAAUCUCGCAAACGUGCCACCGGAUCUUACUAUACAGUAUUCCAUGAACAAGUAUGAACAUAUUGCUCCUCAAGUAUUGACAAAGGAUUCUGGUUCUGGCCCCUCAACUACACAACAGGAUGUUAAAGUUAAAAAGGUAACAUCUGGUCUAUCAGAGAAUUUAACAGUGAAACACAAGGACUCCAACUUUACAGGCCUGCUAUCGCAUACAGAAGACAACCGACCGUCUGUCUCUCAGUUUAAUAAAAGCUUAAGAACCAUUAAAUCGGAUUUAGAUUUGAGCCCAUCAGAGCUAAAACACCCAACUGAAAAGUUAAAUGAAGUGAAUUCUCUCACUUUAAGUCAGCAUCCAGUUCAAACAAAAUCUAAAAAGCCUGAACGUACAAAACAGGACAUGCCUAAUACAAGGUCCAGAGUUUUAGAUGAAAAUCCUUGGAAACCUUCAACUCUGGCUGCCUACCCUCGACCACUGGAGUCCCGGUCCAAUUACGGGGCAAUAGAACGAAUUUUGAGGAGUUAUGAAAAUAUGGGCCAUUCCCAGCAAGACAAGCCAUUUCAGUCUAAUCCAGAAAGGGAUGUGGACCUAACAGAGCUCUUGAAUUUGCUCGAGAUCCAGCACCAGUCUAGAUCCAGUGAAAGAGUCAUGCACACUCCUCACCAUCAAUCUGUAGCUCACAAAGAAGCACGUGCAACAGCGAAGCAAAGCAAAGAAUCAACAGUCACCGCCAAGAAGAGUUUCUCUCGACCAUCUUGUCCUGCUAAAAGACGUCUGCCCUCACGAUGGGCUAAUCGCUCUUCGUCCACCUCAUCGACAUCCUCAACGUCUCCCUCACCAACAAUGCAGCCCACCGUCUCCAGCUCACAGCAUACGUUCACCUACUCUGCAUUUCACACAGAGACAGUCAUCAUGUAAAAAACAUGCAACCAAACGUGUAGAAUCGAAGUUAAACACAUGCUGAGACGACAUCUUCACAGUUUCUGUGUUUCUUCCUGAUUACCUUUGUAUAUACCAAUUCUUAAUCCAAUCCAAGCUUUUUUAAUACAGCCCUACCUAUUGUUCCAUUGUAUUAAUCAUGUUCUGUAUUCUCUGCAUAGAUCAUACAUUAUAUAGCCAAAUGUUUUUCCUGACCAUCACACCCAUAUUCUUCCUGUUGCCACACAAGGUGGAAGUAUGCAGUUGUACCGAAUGUCUUUGUAUGCUGUAGCAUUACAGUUUCUCUUCACUGGAUUUAAGAGGCACAAACGUGGUUCGGCCUGACAGUAAUCCUGUUCAUAAAGCCAUGAAGACAUGGUUUGGCAAGGAUUGUGUGGCCUGCACAAGGCUUUGGCCUCAACCACUUUGAACGCCUAUGGGAUGAAUAGAUGUGUGGGAUGUACCCCAGACCUCCCUGCCUUACGCUGCUCCCUGAGCUCAUCAGUGCUAGUUUGGCUGACCAGUUACAAAUUCCCAGCCAUGUUUUAAAAUCAAAUGAGAUGAAAAUGAGAUGUAAAUCUGAAAUGGGAUGUUUAACAAGCAUAUUUAGGUGUGAUGGUCAGGUGGUGACAAAAUUUUUGGACAUACAAUGUAUAUGCAUAUUUGUCUCACUGGUUGAGUUCUUAAUUCAUAUCAAGGCUGCGUUAAGAAUCCAACAGAUCGAUUUCUGUGUAACUGCCAUGAUAUUCCUCCCUAUGCGUUUAGGUGCCUCCGAUUUUUGACCAUGUUUUAAAAUGCUGAUUAUUUCAAAAGAAUCAUUUGUUACAUUUUCUUUGGCUCUCGUUAAAAUGGUUGACUUGUAUGAAUGAGACAUGUAUUAUAAAUUCACUCUAUCUACUUACCUGACGUGAAACAUAUCAUUAAACUAUAACCUUUACAA